UAUAUUUGUUCUUUUUUUUUAAUUGUAGAUUCUCGUGCUAGUUGCAGGCCAAGUGAAACUGCACUGAAAAUGGGCCCAGUAGGUGCAGAGGCUGAUGAGAACCAGACAGUGGAAGAAGUGAAGGUGGAGCAAUAUGGACCAGGGCAAACCACUCCUAGAGGUGAACUGGUCCCUGACCCUGAGCCAGAGCUUAUAGAUAGCACCAAGCUGAUCGAGGUACAGGUUGUCCUCAUAUUGGCCUAUUGCUCCAUCAUCUUGCUUGGGGUAAUUGGUAACUCCUUGGUGAUCCAUGUAGUGAUUAAAUUCAAGAGCAUGCGCACCGUAACCAACUUUUUCAUUGCCAAUCUGGCCGUGGCGGAUCUUUUGGUGAACACCCUGUGCCUGCCAUUCACUCUUACCUACACUUUAAUGGGGGAGUGGAAAAUGGGUCCUGUCCUGUGCCACCUGGUGCCCUAUGCCCAGGGCCUGGCAGUACAAGUGUCCACAAUCACCUUGACAGUAAUUGCCCUGGACCGGCAUCGGUGCAUCGUCUACCACCUGGAGAGCAAGAUCUCCAAGCGAAUUAGCUUCCUGAUUAUUGGCUUGGCCUGGGGCACCAGUGCCCUGCUGGCAAGUCCCCUGGCCAUCUUCCGGGAGUAUUCGCUGAUCGAGAUCAUUCCGGACUUUGAGAUUGUGGCCUGCACGGAGAAAUGGCCUGGUGAGGAGAAGAGCAUCUAUGGCACUGUCUAUAGUCUUUCCUCCUUGUUGCUUCUGUACGUUUUGCCUCUGGGCAUCAUAUCUUUUUCCUACACUCGAAUCUGGAAUAAACUGAAGAACCAUGUCAGCCCUGGAGCCGCCAGUGACCACUACCAUCAACGAAGGCAGAAAACCACCAAAAUGCUGGUGUGCGUGGUGGUGGUAUUUGCCGUGAGCUGGCUGCCUCUCCAUGCCUUCCAACUUGCGGUGGACAUUGACAGUCAGGUCCUAGACCUGAAGGAGUACAAACUUAUCUUCACAGUGUUCCACAUCAUCGCCAUGUGCUCCACCUUCGCCAACCCCCUUCUGUAUGGUUGGAUGAACAGCAACUACAGAAAGGCCUUCCUCUCGGCCUUCCGCUGUGAGCAGCACUUGGACGCCAUUCACUCGGAGGUGUCCGUGACAUUCAAGGCUAAAAAGAACCUGGAAGUCAAAAAGAACAGUGACCCCAAUGACUCUUUCACAGAGGCUACCAAUGUCUAGGGAAACUGGGGUGUGAAGGCACAUGGAUGAAUUCUGACCAGAGCUUUAAAUCUGGUUGAUGAAAACUCGCAAGUGCAUUUUGAUUUCCCAUUUUAAGGAAGAAGAAGAGCACCUGGAUGGAAACACCUACAGUUUAAUUCCUGGAGAACUGGUUGGAGGCGCCUAGGUGAACAUACUCAUAUUCAAGGACAGGGCAACAAAAGGGUUUGCUUGCAGUUGCUUGGUUAAAUUAUGAGUAAAAGCAGAGAGAAAUACUUUUGGCUGUUUCCCAGAGUGAAGAAAACCUGAACAAGGAAUUGAGAUGCUCAGCAUUUCUAAAAGUCAGCGGGUAAAUAAACUGACUUUCAAAUCACGUUAGGACCUGGAUUGGGGAUGCUGUGUAAUUCACUGCUCCCCCCCAUCUGAUGAAAAGGCUACUGAAUACAAAUGUCGCUGGGGAGCCACAGGCUCUCCUUUAUUGUAUUUUGGUUUUAUUGUUCUUCCUAUAGACGAAAUCCAUAGGGAACGCUGCAGGUAAAUGUUGCCAACUAUUUGAAUGACUUCAAAGAAAUAAGCUGAAAUUUGCUAUAUAAUUAAUAUUUUGGCAAAUGAAGGAAGUCUUUAACACUCAGUGAGCCGAGUGUUCUUAAAACCAAAUGCAUGUCUGAUGAAAGUUUCUUCAACUCACAGGCUGAAAUUCUCAGAAUUGCAAGAAAUGCAAACCAUCAUUUAAUUUUAUAUUUCAAGUUAUUCUUGCUUUAUGGAGAGACUAUUUAGAUAACAAAGAAGUCUACAACUUAAUACUUGUAAUCAUUGCUAAUUGUUAUACCUUUUUGAACACGUCUGGUUUCUGUUAUUCCUGUUGGAGGUAGGUUUGCACUAAAAGUUAAAUCAGAUUAGAAAAUAAUUUUUGUGGCAUUUUGUAACAUUUCAUGGUUAUUUAUAAGCAAUUUUUGCACAGGUUCAUAGCUCUGAUGUGUUUACAGGACACUGCAGUGUUAUUUUCUUUGAAAUUAAUCUUCUACAUACCCAUUCAUAAUAAAUAAAACAAAUAAUUUCAUUAAAAUGGACCCAUCUGGUAAGAAAUACUAAAAACAUUGGAUUCAUUCUACCUUGCAAAUGUUCUGUUUCAACCAAUUUCACGUAAGUAAUUUGUCCUCUUUUCAACAUAAUUAGCUACAUUUUUUGAUAACUUAUAGGUAUAUACAUAAUAAAAUUGUACCUAUAAAUAGUAGAACAUAGAUGCUUAAGUAUUUUUCAUUUAAUUAUUUUGUGAAUAUAAUUUUUAUUUCAAUAGUACCCAACCAAAGAUGCUUAAAACCCUAUUAUAUUCAUGAAAAAUAAUUGAGAUGUUCAAAUAGUGGUAUUUCUUUGGAUGCUGUUAAAGAAAUUUCAUUGUAGUCAUAUUUUUGUAAAUAUGAUAGAAUUUGUGAAUAUAUUUUUAAAAUUUUAAAUGAAUUCAACAUGAGUAUUAUAUUUGGUUACAACAUUAAUUUUAUGAACUGAAGAGCUUCAUUUUAUGGAUAUAUUUAAAAUUCAUACUGAAGCUGUUAUUAACUUCUUUCCAUGCUAGAAAUAAAAGACUGGUUUUUAAGCACACUGCAUUUUGGAAUACUGAAAAAGAAUGAAAACAAUAGAAGUUAGGUUAGGUGGAAGACGGAUUAAGAAGUCAACAAUAAAUAAUGUAUAUCUGUAAUAUAUAGUUGAACAAUUCAUUUUUCUGCUGGAUUCAGCAUAACUGUCCAAAAAGAAGCUCUUUGUCUUUUAAAUAGCAUAUACUUUGCUUACGAUGUUAAUGGAAAAUUGUGGUUAAAGGUGUUCCCCCAACUUGGAGAAUUCUUACACUAUAUAUGCUACCGUAUUAACUAUUGUAGUAGAUUAUUAGAAUCCAAUUAAUGAUUCAGUUAACAUAUAUCUGGUCCAAUUCAUUAUGUCGAUUCAUUAAUAAAAUGUCUUUAAUGUAGUGCUUUUAUUGUUGAAAUAAACAAAAUUGGGGAAAUUAGA